AUGCCAUUCGGAGGUCUGGGCCAGAAUGUUCAACUACAGCUAAACACAUCCUCGCUCUUCAGGAUAUCGUUUCAACCCUAUGACAGCGACAGUGACAGCGACUAUGACAUGGAAAUUCAUGAUCUCACCGCUUACACAGACGAUGAUUUCAUCGAGUAUGCGUUCGGAGGUCUGGGCCAGAAGGUUCAACCAAAAGCGGAUGACGCAAAUAAUGCAGACUCAGGACCAUCAGAUGAAAUGGAUGUGGACAACCGAUCAGAUGAUGACGCAUCCCAGAACAAAAAAGCCGGAAAUAACCAAUUCGAAGCAUCCCUAGAGGGAGACACGGAACAGAUCCAAAUGGAAGAAGAAAGCGGCUAUAAUGAACCCCAACCGCGGGAUGAUGAUGUUAACUCGGAGGAGGAGGAUAGUGACCCCGGCCCCGACGAAGAAACUGACGUUGACCUGGGUAGCUAUGAUCGUGGAGAGGAUCUCGUAUCGCAGUGCAUGCUAAUAUAUAUUGAGAUGGAUUGGUAUAUACUUGAAUGUGGGCAAAUACCCUUUACCACAGACUCUCACAUCCCAUCCAACCUCAACUUCCAACUACACACACAUCCCAGCAACCACCAUGGCUCCCUACCACCAAAACCAAUGUCUCUCAACAUACUAGACCUCCCCGUCGACAUCCUUGCCCUCGUCUUGUCUCCGCUCCUCACGCAAGACCAGCCCAUCCCCCUGUGCCCAUGCGGCUCAACCGACUCCCCAGAGCGCAGCAUCAAAAUCAACCCUCUGCCCAUCCUGCUCAUCCACCCCGCCAUCUACGCAAUUGCCGUACCGCUAUUCUACCAAUGCAACAACUUCGUGCUAGAUCUCAGACUGAAGCACGGCCCUCAUGUCCGCCGGUGUCUGGACGACCAAGCCGAGGAAGAUGCCUUCGACGCCAAAGACCAGCACUUCCACGAUGACAGCCAGAUAAUCCGCCUAAAGAAGGAUGUUCUUGUGCUGCAGUGCUCACUGAGAAGGAUUCGCUCCUUGGAGAUUAAAAUCCUCAAGUUACGAGGCUGGAUAGAUGUGCACGUCGUCCCGCUGGUACGGGACAUGACCGUCAACGGAACCCUUAGCGACGUAACCAUCAAGAUAUACAGCUCCUCAACAACAUCAAACGCAGAUCCAACACCCAGCAUCUUCACCCGUCCCCCCCUCGCGGGCAUCCUCUCCCUCCUCUCGGAUCCGUACCUACGAACGGCCCGUCUGUGGGUCUCUCCCGCCGCCAACGCCGCCUGGCUCCCGUUCUGGCACUCAACCUCAAAUUCUGACGAGAAUCUCAUGGAAAUCAACUGGGCGAGUAUCCUGCGGCAGGUCGAUCCGGAGGGCAGAAGAAUUGCUAUCUUGGCAGACGACAGGAAGUAG